AUUGACACACUUUUUUUUAAAGAAAAAAUAUUACAAUAAGAAAGAUAAUAAUAUACUUCAAAAUAGAUAAUAGCUAAACUCACUUGGAUAAUAGAUAAAAACUUUGAGUUUUAGAUGCGUCAUAAAAUUCAGGAUAAUAUGCCGUCGUCUUCUGAGGAAAAUAAUUGUGACUCUCCAUAUUCACCUACGUCAGACGACUUUUCAAUGAAUAACUUGUAUAACCCUUCGACUUUGCUGGAUCCAAAGCUAGAAGUACUAGAUUCAAAUACUCCUCUCUUCUUUACAACUCCUCAACAAACACCAACAAGAGAGCUACAACCUUCGGCACAAACAGAUCACGUUCACCAAUCAGUUUUUAACACAAUGCCUACUAUAGGUGACCUCCGACAACAAUCUCUAAACAAUUUCAUGUCACCGCCGUUUUCGCAAGGUAUAACGAGCUUUACGCAAAGCGGUGUUAAUUAUUUAGAUUUUAUGAAUGGAUCGGAUAAUAGCAUAGAAACGAGUGUUGCGUCAUCACAAUCGGAUCGUUCAUGCCAAAUGCAGGAUAUAAGUGAUAAAGGGUUACAGAUUCGUGUUCUCGGAGUCCCACAGACGGGUGCUAAAUCUCGCGUGGAAACUCAAAUUAAAUUAUGCCUACAGCUUGUCACAGAUAAAGGAGAAAAAGUACCAUUAUGGUCACAUUUACGGUUACCCGAAUAUAUGGUUGCUAAAGAAAAACUUAAAACUAAAAAUGCAAGAAAUCCACCGGAUCACGCAAUGAAUAUUUCUGAAAAAGGGGUCCUAAAUUUAGAAGCUACAGUAGUCUGUGCGAGUGAUAUUCCGAAAAAAGUUCUCACUUGCCUAGGUUGUGUCCAACGUGAGCGAAAGAGAUCACAACGUAAAAAGGAAAAUAAAAAUGCGAAAGUAAAUUCAAGUACUGCACCAUCAGCUGAUGAUACAAAUAAGCCAAUGGAUUUAGAUGAUGAAAAAACAAUGCAAUUAGAACAGCGCAAAAUUUUGUUAUUCAAUUGUAGUGAAAUUGUAGAUUUUAGUAGUGGUGAUACUAUCUUACCAACAAGAAUAACAUGUUAUUGUCGGCAUCACAAUGAAAAGGUCGGGUUUUGCAUUUAUUUUGUAAUGAAAGAUUAUACCAAUACGGUUAUCGCAAACGGCAUGUCACCACCUAUUAUGAUAACAGACGAUCACAAGUCGUCAAAAACAAAGAUUGGCGUCGGACGAAAACGACCGAGAGCUGAAUAUGAUCGUCGAGCUUCUACAACAUCAAACAAUUCCACAAACUCUAUAAAAAACAAAGUCAAUGAAAGGCAUGCAAUAUCUUUAUCGAAUAGCAUAUCUAGCGAACAACCUACAUCAUCUUCUACUUCAGAACCCAGCGGGGGACCUUCUUCCCCGGUUGCUAUAGUACCUACACAAAAUUCUGGCUUGAUUCCACCACAAUCAACGAUUAAGCAUGAAAAAAACAGUAAUUUACGACAAUUACAAGUUCAACCUUCGUUUGGAUUUAAUUCAUCUUCGUCUCCUACAUCUCCGAUUUCACAAAUUUCGCCCGUCACACCUAUCACGCCUAUCACACCUAUCACAUCUAAUGUACCUAAUACUUCAAGCACACCUAAUCAAUCAUACCAACAGCUUGACCAGAGCGCUAAUUUGGCUACUUCAAGCUCACAAGUGAAUUUUCCCGUAGUGAAUAAUAAUGCUACUUCAAAUGUUAUGAUGAAUAUGUCCAUGGCACCCACGUCGAUUAAUAGUAUGAAUUCUAUUUAUCAAACGGCGCCAUUACAUCAAAGUCUUGGUGCUCCCAGAUUUACGUCUCAUCAAGGUGGAGGUCCAAUGCGGUUGCAUCAUAAUCCUAAUUCAAUGAUGAGAAGGGCGUUUUAUAAUACUUCUGGGAAUUCUAUUUAUCAAAACGGCACGAUUAGUGGGUACCCAUUACCAAGGAUAAGUAGGUUGAUUCCUUCCGAAGGCCCCACUUAUGGCGGUGUUGAAGUGACCAUUUUAGGAAGCAACUUUAUUGAGGGACUUACUUGUGUUUUCGGGGAAACGCCGGCGCUUCCAACACAAUAUUGGUCUCCGAAUACAUUGGUUUGUGUCUUGCCACCGGCACCAACACCAGGACCAGUUGUUGUAAGCUUCAAAGAAUGUCCAUUGACCUUGAUGGAUAACUCGGAAGAAGUGGUCUUUUUUACUUACACUGAUGAUUCUGAUCGGGCUUUGAUGGAAUUAGCACUGCAAGUUGUGGGAAUGAAGAUGACUGGAAAAUUAGAAGAUGCUCGUAACAUUGCUAUGCGUAUUGUCGGAGGCAAUGACAAUAACAAUAAUAAUUCUGGUCAUUCAAAUUGCAACGGAAAUAUGAAUGGGAUGCACAACCAUAUAGCAUCCCUUGCCCUUCAAACGGGAGAAAAUAAUUUCGAAGCACAUAUUAUAACAACAAUAGGUUUAUUGGAUGUGCUUGAGACCGAACACAAUAGUAUUUCGUUACAAAAUCGUCAACAACAUACUAUGUUACAUAUAGCAGCUAUGCUGGGUUACACGAGAUUAUGCUCUGUGCUGAUUGAUAAAGGCAUUGAUCUGAAUUUACAGGAUAAAUAUGGCUUUACUGCCCUUCACUAUGCAGCGUGGACAGGAAAAGAUGAUGUUGUGAGAUUGCUUAUGAGAGUCGGUUCUGGUGACAUCACUCCCAAUUUCAACGAUCAAUAUGCUAUUGACCUUGCAAUUUCUCGGAAUUUCGAUGAUAUUGUUACACUUAUCAAUGAUUAUCGUUUGCACGAUUCUGGAGUAUCAUUAUCACCAUCAUCAUCCGAAGAUUCUUCACUGGGUGAAUCCGAUGAAGACAGCUGCAGCGAAGAAGACUUUAAUGAGGAUAGUGAAAGACGACCGGAAAGAAAUUUGGAGAAGACCAGUGGUAGUGAAAAAAAUAAAAUAAGACCUAACAUUUCUUGGGUAGAUUCUAUAACUGCUAAUGAUUUGUUACAAAAUAAUUUGGAUGAGGAUGAUGGAAUCGUGAAUGCUGAAGUGGUUGAGGACGAUAAAAAGAAUGUUAAACAGCCAUUUUCUGAAAUGGCAACUGAUUUGGCUUCUGCUUCUACUAUUUGGCUUCAAAAAACAUUUGCUCAUAUGCAUAUGCCAAAUAUAAGCAAACCAUCUCAGAUUAAUAUUCCCUAUAUUAAAAUGCCAAAUCUUCAAAUGCCCAAUUUACAAAUACCGAACCUUCAAAAUUUCUCUUCCCCAAAAUUUUCUACUAUGACUUUUGGCACAAAUUUAUCAAUCCCAAGACCCUCCAUACCAUCAAUGCCAUCGCUUAAUAUGAAUAUUGAAUUUCCAACUUUACCAGUAGUAACUUUCCCUACGAUAAUACCUGGUGGUUUUUCAAGUUUUGUAUGGGAUGAAAAGAGUGGAUUACUUAGGCAAAGUCAACCACCACAAUCUGAUCAACAGAAAGAUAACACAGGAUUUAGUAAAUUUGGUUAUAGUUGGCCAUUUAAUGGAUCUCAGCAACCGGUUGUACCAAUGUAUCAUCAUGAGCUCGAAGAGCCUCGUGCCCCAUCACCCUCUAUUAAUACUUCACGUGUUAGUCGUAAGGUUGGUUAUGAUUUUGGUGAAUUGAAUGAGGAACAAAUUGCUCGUAUGGAACAUCAUGAAGAAAAAUACAGAAGAUUAAAGAAAGAUAGAAUGUUGUAUUUAUUCUGGGUACCAGUAUUAUUCGUUAUGGUUGCUCUAGCAAUAGUACAAUACAGUCCAUAUAGACAAGUAAUAUAUAAUUAUUAUUUUGUUGGUUGAGUAACAAAUGAUAGGUCAAAUUCCUUUAAUCUUUGAAAAAUAUAGUUAUUGGUUUUUUUUUUGUUUUGAUGGUUAAUUUAUUUAUUUCUAUUUCCUUCACCGUGUAAUUAUAAAUAUUAUUUUCAGUUUUCUUUUUGUUAUUAUUAUUUUUUAUAUACAUAUAUUUGAAUUUUGUAAGAUUUUUACAGAUUUUUUAAAAUUUUAAAAUUUUCUUUUCAUUAUUGCGAUACAAUACAAUAUUUCAAUGUUAAAAGAGCUUGUAAAAAAUUCACAUCGUUUUGU